GUUGAAGAAUCGUUGAAAUUUGCCGAGGAGUAUUUGGUCGAGAAAUGUGAGGAACACCCGGAAAUGCAGGAAAAAUUGGAGAAGACAUUUGCAUUGUUGGCGUUCGACAAACCUGAAAACUCACCGUUCGCAUCACUCAUGGAACUGACACAUCGGCAGAUGGUUGCAACCGAUGUGAAUAGCGCUGUGCUGAAAGCACUGCACAAGCCGGCAAUACCACGCAUAGAGGCAUUGUUCCGUAUGAUGGUAUGGGCAAAUCAACAGUUGACGCGUCAUGAUGAUGCACCUGAACCACCCGAUGCGCUGAAUAAAAUGUUCAUGGAGCAGUAA